AUGGACCUGCACGAUUUCGAGGAGCUCACCCUUUCCUUCCCAGUGCCUCUGCCAGUUCUCACCCGAGACCUUGCUCAGCUUCGCGAUAGUUUGGCCGAAGUUGACGUCGCUCAAGUACUCCCCAGGUGGCGGAGCGAUCCUCGUGAGCUUGCAAGCUCUUGCAGAGUUCGUGCGCCUCUGCCCGCACUUUUGCGGAUGCUCGCGCUGCCGAUCAUCGACUUUCAACCUUUGAGCACAACCUCGCUGUCGUCGUUUCGCGUGAUAGCGCACUGCCUCCGAAUGCUGGAGAUAGGGCAUUCGUCCGCCCAGAAAAUAGGCGAUCCCGCCGCGUUCGUCGCGUACGUCUUUCCCGGCCUGCAGCUAGAGGGGAUGAUGGAGGCAGAGGAGCGCACGGUCAAGAACCUUUCGAUGUUACGGCGGAGGGGCGCAGCGCUGGGUCGGGUAUGGAGAGAUGUGCUCAAACUACUAGUGGAGUCCAAAUCGACAAAUGCGCCACCGGUGGAAAAACAGAGUCGACGCCGUGAGACUGAAAUGCGGCAGCAGUAA